UCGCGCGGACAUUUACUAGUCGUACACCCGGCUGAACCAGCCCGGUUCACGUGAUCGUCACCGACCCAUCAUAUUUGCCGCAGUUUCUAGGGAGAACCGUUGCGGAUAUAUCGAUUGUUAUCUGCAUAAUCAGUAACUUCUGAUGCCUCAAACUUCUACUACAAUCAUCUGCAACAAAACCUCAUGAUCUUAAGAUCAAGCUCAAGGACUUCGAGCAUCGGAAACUACGAGGAAAUUCAAUCGGCAAAACUCCGAUUGGAGAUUAAAGUCGCUCAGUGAUCGCAUUUAUCAACAAGCUGGAUUCCUUACACGGUACCCAGACUGUGGUUGAAAGUGUUUGCUCACCGGGAUGAUAACUACGUAGUUUUAGAUGUAAUAGGAUCGAGAGGAUCGAGAGGAUCGAGAAAUCCUUCAGAUCAUUUGUAUUCUUCCAAAUGCGAUUGAAUCGAUCAAUCGAUAACACACAGUGACGUUCUUGUGAAGUCGGUUGUAACGCGCAGAGAUUGGAUGUCUCUGCAUCUCGAUGGUAGAUUUUAACUGUCGCGGCUGAGCGAAAUUUGACAGUCAACGUGAAAUAUGGCUUCGCGGAGUUACGUGUGGGUCCUGCUGUUAUCUGCUUUAACAUGUGUUCAGGGAGCGCUCAAAGCAUCACCACAGGAUCUGAAAGUACAGGUCAAUAAGAAGAAUUCGUUCAACUUAUCACUGACGGAACCUUUACCCGAUGGCAAAAUUGCAACAGUUACGAUAGAUAUCCAGCAUUCCGAUCUGUUAUCUGCAGAACCAUCCAACUUUAAAAUUACAGCAGGAGAAAAAGAAUGGAUAAUUUAUGUAAAAGGCCUAAGUGCAGGUCAUUCGAUUGUUAAUGUUAAUGUAACUCCUAAUAUUACAGAUUUCUCUAAAGCGUUUGUUAGAGUGACUAUAGAGAAAUCAGACGUAUUGUACCACAUCAGUGCUGUGGUUGGAUGGAUAUAUUUUGUAGCAUGGAGCAUAAGUUUUUAUGCACAAAUCUAUACUAAUUAUAAACGUAAAAGUGUUGUGGGUCUUAAUUUCGAUUAUGUCUCACUAAAUCUCGUGGGUUUUAUUAUGUACGCGUUAUUUAACUGUGGCCUCUAUUGGAUACCGGAGAUUGAGAAUCAAUAUUUUACACGAUAUCCAAAAGGCUUGAAUCCUGUACAAAUCAAUGAUAUAUUUUUCUCGCUACACGCAGUAUUUGCUACUUCAGUAACUGUAGGACAAUGCUUUAUUUAUGAGAUUGGCAAUCAAAGAGUAUCAACGACUGCACGUAUUAUUCACAGCAUAUUUGCAGUUUUUCUACUAAUAUCUUUGAUAUUAUCUUGCGUCAAGACAAUCCAGUGGCUAGAUUUCCUCUAUUAUUGUAGCUACAUUAAGCUUAGCAUAACGCUUAUUAAAUACGUGCCACAAGCGUUUUAUAACUAUAGAAGGAAAUCGACUAUCGGCUGGAGUAUAGGAAAUAUAUUCCUAGAUUUUACUGGUGGCAUUCUGUCAAUGUUACAGAUGAUACUCAAUGCUUUUAACUAUGACGAUUGGGAAAGUAUUUUCGGAGAUCCGACUAAAUUCGGUCUUGGAUUUUUUUCCGUGGCAUUUGAUAUAUUUUUCCUAAUACAGCAUUAUGUUCUGUACAGACAUAGCAAUGAGAAGGUGAUUGACCUGAAUGGCAGAAUAUAGCGACUCUUCGACGAGGACUUAAUUUCCCCUUCUUAAAAUAUUUUCCUGAUCCAUAUUUUAUAUAUAAAUGAUUUUUAUAUUAUUUUACAUAAAUCUCUGCAUGAAUAUUUUCUCAUUUAUCAUUAUCAUAUAUAAUAUACAAUUAGGUAAAAAGUUCAAAGUUCAUGCGUGCAAAAUGGAUAUAUGCAUGUAUGAAUCCACGCUUUUGUAUAUUCUUUUUUUUAUAAUAUUGAAAUAUUUAUUAUGAAAACAUUCCAUAGAGAGCGUUCUCUAAAAAGCAGUGUUUAAAAAAUUAUAUAAAUGAGACAUUUGUGUGUAUGUAUAUAAUAUUAUUUAUAUAAAAAAAAUAAUUUUUGCAUACACAUAAAUAUAUUUUACUUUUAUAAUCUUCGUUAUUUGAUUUUAUUUAAUUUAAGUCAAAAAGUAUAUGAAUCAGUAUUAUAAGUAUGACAGAAUUUUUAUAAAUAUUAUUGUAAAUUUAAUUCUUGAUUAGGUUUAAAUUGAAAAUAUAAUAUAUACAUUGUCACAGAACAAUAAUGAAUAAUUUUAACAUCAACUCAGACAACAUACUUCCCACGCAGCAGAAAUGUCUAAAAUAUAUCACAGAAAUAUCCCAGAGACAUCUUACCUUUAGGAUGUA